AUGGCGGACUCCUUCAUUGAGGUUGAGACCCUUGUCGUCGGUGGUGGUAUAUCGGGACUGAAAGCGAUCUCGGAUCUCAUAAAGCACGGUUGUACCUCGUGUCUUCUGGUUGAAGCUCGCGAUAGACUUGGCGGAAGACUUCACACUGUUACAGGUUACCAAGGUAGAAAAUACGACCUGGGGGCAAGUUGGCACCAUGAUACUCUUGUGAAUGGUCUUUUCCUGGAGGAAUUAAGCCUCGAGAAAGAGGAGCAGGCAGGAUACGUUUUUGACGAUUUUCUGCCAUUGAUGUUCGACAAGACUCGAGGACGUGUUGAUUCGGACCCCGAAUUAACACUAGAAAUACUCAAUGAAGAGUUAAUGCGGUUUUUAGAGCUUCAAUUUCUUGAAGACGUUGACGCGAAAGAUUGUUCUUACUUCGAAAUGGUCGUGCGAUAUCUUUUCGAGCGGCGGGAUCUUCUAAGCGACGAACAAAUUCAGUACUUACCUCAGGCUAGCCGAUUCUUAGAGCUGUGGCAUGGUAUCGAUUGGAAAACUCAGAGCUCCAAAUUUCUCGAAAUAGUUCAUCAGGGGAGAAAUGCUCUAGUUCUACAUUACGACAAAAUCGUCAAGCGCAUUGCCAGAACUAUACCGCAGGACAACUUUCGACUCAAUACAUCCGUUAAUCAAAUUAGCCGGCAAGGACGUAACGUUCUAGUCAAGACCGCGGACGGGUUGCUAUACAAAUGUGAUUACGUGAUUGUCACGGUUCCGCAGAGCAUUUUGGAGCUUUCAUUGCACGAUAAAGACGAAGCAGCCAGGAUAAAAUUCGAUCCGCCUCUGGACAGCAAAAUCGUCCGGGCCCUGAACAAAACACACUACGGAUCUUUGGGGAAAGUCAUUUUCGAGUUUGAAACGUGCUGUUGGUCGAAAAAAUUCCCAAAGAUUGUUUCCCUGGGACAAUCAAAUUCCUCCUUUGCUAAUAGUGUGAGGCAAGCUCGAGACUUGAAUUCACUCAUACAUACAUUGGGCCACGACACGAAGUACAAUUACAAAAACGGUCAGGCUUGGGAUUUCCCAUUGUUCUUCGUAAACUUGGCCAAGACCACUGGAGUGCCGAGCUUUGUCAUGUUGAUGCAGGAACCGCUGACGGCUUACAUUGAGUCGCUGGAUGAUCCGGUAAAAGUUUUCGAAUUUUUUGAGCCCAUCCUCAAGAGAUUGCUCGAAGAGCUGAGCUGCACAAAAGCAAUCGAAUUGGAUUUAGAGGGCGUGAGGCCUGAAAAAGCAGAUGAUUCUCCCGUGUUAAAGAAUAUUAUAUGGACAAGAUGGACAAGAGAAGUGUAUUCCCGUGGUGCUUACUCUGCUUGUUUUCCUGGAGAUGACCCGCUUGAUCUGGUUAUCGCGCUGACAUCUGAUGAACAUGCCAGGGUUCGCUUUGCUGGCGAACAUACCAUUAUGGAUGGUGCAGGCUGUGUCUACGGAGCAUGGGAGAGCGGGAAACGUGAGGCAGCGAUUAUAAACAAGGCAUUCGGGCGUGUCUGA